AUAUCCAACGAAAAAACAAGUAAAACCAAAAAAAAAAAAAAAAAACUGUGUGCUGCAACUUCCAGGAAACCUCCUCCAUGUGGUGUGGUUACUUAGAGAUGCUAGAGGCUGAACCAAAAGGCAAGGAUCAACAAGGAACAAUGCAAUGUGCCGAUGACUGUCGUUGGAGGCUGAACAAUGCAAGGAAAAUACAUGCAAAAAUAAAUCAAUCAAUUGACCAAGAGAAGGGCAAACUCACCGGCACCGACGCGGAGCGAAGAACAGGGGGCGCUACGGAAGAACAACGACAGCAAGCUUCGCCGGAGAAGAAACUAGAUCUACCACCGCAUAGGGAAAAGCAAAAAUGGGGAAGAAAGGUUGCCAUACCGGCCAAGGGGCUAGUGGACCGUGGUUAUGGCUUGCAACCUAUCAUAGCACCAAAAGAAGAUGAUUCCAAAGGAGUGAGGAAUGCAAGGUUGAAGCAUGAAGAAGAUGAACUCAUAUGUCGUGGGCACGUUUUGAACUUUCUCAUUGGUAGACUUUAUGAUAUGUACCAUAACAUGUCUCCUUAAAAAUUCUGGAUUGCUUUGGAAAAGAAAUAUAAGCAUGAGAAGAAAGGUAGAAUAAAUUUCUUGCAUUGAAUUACUUAGAGUUUGAAAUGAAAGAUAAUAUUUCCA